GGGCUAAAGCUGACCACACGUCACUGGAGCCUAGCUAUAUUUUUGCAGCCCCACUGGGGACGCGAUCAGGAAUUUUUUCCCCCUUUGUUUUUCUUUCAAUAAUUUUUGCCUUUCGUUGGCUAAUUGCAUCUUCUCCAGAUUCAUGGAUGAAACAUUUCCUGACAUUUUAAACAAGAACAUAAUGCUGUAAUUUGGCAACAAUUUCAAAUGGGGCUAAUGUUAAUUUUCUGCUUAUGAAAUUUGACUUAGGAACACCGUGUGCCCUUUAUCCUAACUUUAAAGGGUUUAUCUUUGGCUGGUCUCCGAGGUACAAUAGCCAGAGAGAGAGGCAGAACGAGAUAUUCCUGCUAACAACAUGGCUGCUUUCGGCUGGCUGAUCGUUCUUUCUCUCCUAUUUCUCUGGUUCUGGAUGAACCAGCGUCCCAAAGGUUUCUUCCCUGGGCCACGGAGGCUGCCCCUGCUUGGGAAUCUGCUUCAGUUCAUUAAGAAGAACCCCCUCAAGGAUUUUAACCAGCUGGGGAAAAAAUAUGGUCCUGUCUUCAGUCUUUAUCUUGGAAGAACCCCUGUGGUUUUCACUCACGGGUUUCCUUCAACCAAGGAGGUUCUUGUGGUAAAAGGCACAGAAUUUGUUGGGAGAGCAUCAUUUCCUAUAAUGGAUGUCCUCUGUAGGAAGAAAGCUUUACUGACAUUAACAUAUGGUGAAGCAUGGAAGGAGCAAAGAAGGUUUUCUUCAAUGCAUCUCAGAAACUUUGGAGUGGGCAGAAAAUCCAUGGAAGAAAAGAUCCUGGAGGAGGCAACUUGUUUGAUUCAAGCAUUCACUAAAAACAUGAAUGAGCCUUUUGAUCCUUAUGAAUUGCUGGAUGCUGCAGUUGCCAACAUAAUGUCUACCAUAUUAUUUGGAAAACAUUUUGAAUAUGAUGACAGCUUCCUCAAAACUUUGCUACAUAGGAUACAUCAAAAUUCCCGAAUAGCAGCAGGACCCUGGGCCUUGCUUUACAAUGAGGUGCCCUUAGUGAGAAGUCUUCCCCUGCCCCAUCAGGAAUUAUUCAGAGUUACGAAGAAAAUAAGAGCUUUCCUUCAACAAGAGAUUGACGAGCACAAGGCAACCAUGAUUCCAGGAGAACCUCGAGAUUUCACUGAUGCAUAUUUAGAAGAAAUGCAGAAGGUAGAUUCCUCAGACUUUUCCUGUUGAAUUUGCAGUGAUUUCUCUUCCUCUCAUCUUGGAUCUAUUUUUCUGACAUUAGCCUCCUGAAAAUGUCGCCAAAACCUUGAUAGUGAUUUUU